AUGUCUGCUGCAUUGUUCUUGCUAGCGGCUUUGGCGCCGACUGCGGCGUUGGCCCAGGCCAAUGCCACCUAUGUGGACUAUUCGACGGAGCCCCAACCCGAUCUCGAUGCUCAGACUCUCGCGACCAUUGAUCUUUCCUUCCCUGACUGUUCCAAUGGCCCAUUGAGCAAGACCUUGGUGUGCGACACCUCGGCAAGACCUCAUGACCGUGCAGCGGCUCUUGUUUCUAUGUUUACACUCGAAGAGCUGGUGAAUAGCACUGGUAACAACAUUCCAGCAAUUCCUCGACUCGGUCUACCUCCAUAUCAAGUUUGGAGUGAAGGUCUUCAUGGAUUGGAUCGUGCCAAUUUCUCGGACUCGGGCGACUACAGUUGGGCCACCUCGUUCCCGUCCCCCAUUUUGUCCAUGGCCGCCCUGAACCGCACCUUGAUUAACCAAAUUGGUGGCAUUAUCUCGACUCAGGGUCGCGCAUUCAACAACGUUGGUCGGUAUGGCCUGGAUGCCUACGCGCCCAAUAUAAACUCCUUCCGCCAUCCCGUCUGGGGCCGUGGUCAGGAGACCCCGGGCGAGGAUGCCUACUGCCUGUGCUCGGCUUAUGCCUAUGAAUACAUCACUGGUAUGCAAGGUGGAAUUGACCCGGAGCACUUGAAGCUCGUGGCCACCGCUAAGCACUACGCUGGAUAUGACAUCGAGAACUGGGGUAACCACUCCCGCCUGGGUAACGACCUGAACAUUACCCAGCAGGAUCUGGCGGAGUAUUUCACUCCUCAAUUCCUCACUGCCGUUCGCGAUGCGCGGGUACACAGCGUCAUGUCGUCGUACAAUGCCGUCAACGGCGUUCCAAGCUCGGCCAACUCGUUCUUCCUCCAGACCCUGCUUCGAGACACAUGGGACUUUGUGGACGAUGGAUACGUCUCAUCUGACUGUGAUGCGGUUUACAACGUCUUCAACCCACACGAGUAUGCUCACAAUGUCUCCAGUGCGGCAGCUGACUCCAUGCGCGCUGGAACUGACAUUGACUGCGGAACAUCUUAUCAGUACUACUUGAAUGAAUCGUUCUUCCAGGGCGAGAUUUCCCGGAGCGAGAUCGAGCGUGGAGUCGUCAGACUUUACUCUAACCUCAUGAGUCUGGGUUACUUUGACGGCAACAGUAGCGAAUAUCGCAAUCUUGAUUGGUCUGACGUUGUCUCGACCGACGCAUGGAACAUCUCAUAUGAGGCCGCCGUGGAGGGUAUUGUUCUGCUCAAGAACGAUGGAACCCUCCCUCUGUCCAGCAACAUCAGUAGUGUCGCAUUGGUUGGACCGUGGGGCAACGCUACCGAGCAGAUGCAAGGAAAUUAUUACGGAGACGCUCCCUACCUAAUUAGUCCGCUGGCGGCUCUCCAAGCCUCGAGCUUGGAGGUCAACUAUGCAUUCGGCACCAAUAUCUCAUCAGAAUCCACCACCGACUUUGCCAAAGCUAUCGCUGCCGCCAAAAAAUCAGAUGCAAUCAUUUUCGCAGGAGGCAUUGACAAUACCGUUGAAGCAGAGGGCAUGGACCGCUCCAACAUUACGUGGCCAGGAAAUCAGCUUCAGCUCAUUAAAAAACUCAGCGAACUGGGCAAGCCAGUGAUUGUUCUGCAAAUGGGUGGUGGUCAGGUUGAUUCCUCAUCUCUCCAGACCAACAAGAAUGUCAACGCUCUCGUCUGGGGUGGAUACCCGGGUCAGUCCGGCGGACAGGCUCUUCUGGAUAUCAUCACCGGAAAACGCGCGCCCGCUGGUCGACUGACAACAACUCAGUACCCAGCGAAGUAUGCAUUGGAUUUCCCCGCCACGGAUAUGAAUCUUCGUCCUAGCGGAGAUAAUCCUGGCCAAACUUACAUUUGGUAUACUGGGAAGCCUGUUUUCGAGUUUGGACACGGCCUAUUCUACACAACCUUCAAGGUCUCGCUUGCACGGUCAAGAAGCUUGAGCAAUGGAAGCUCUUAUGAUAUCGUUGACCUUUUGUCGCGAUCUCACGAAGGCUACAAUGCGGUGGAGCAGCUGCCCUUCUUGAACUUCACUGUGUCUGUCACCAAUACGGGAAGUGUUCUCUCAGACUACACAGCCAUGCUGUUUGCCAAUACAACUGCCGGGCCGAAGCCUCUUCCCAACAAGUGGCUAGUUGGCUUCGACCGGCUAGGCUCUUUGAAGUCUCACUCCUCCCAGGCAAUGGCUAUCCCUGUCUCGCUGGAUAACGUUGCCCGCACCGACUCCCUAGGCAACCGCAUUGUCUAUCCUGGAAAAUACGAGUUGGCCCUGAAUAAUGAGAGAUCGGUGGUCUUGUCAUUUACCUUGACUGGAGAUGAGACAGUCAUCUCAAAGUGGCCGUUGGAUGAGCAACAGAUCCCUCCUGCGUGA